UUCUGUCAUUUUUUAAAUUUACCAUCAUAUUUUGUAUUUUGUACGUUUUUAUUUCCAGUGCUCUUUAUUUUGCAGUUUUCAACGUUUGCUGUGAGCCACUUUGAAACUGUCCUUCUUACAGUGGUGACACAGAUGCCACAAUGACCACAGGCAGGACCUGAGCUCAACAGCAGCAAGUCUCCGCAUUGGUGAGUCCCAGAAACAGCCAGUCUGGUGCCUCACUGCCGCUGAUGCCUCCCUGCACUUCUGGAGAGAUACGAUGGUGGAUUUUUCUCACAGAAGGCCUCUUCUUCGGACUAUUGCUGUACUCUUCCUUGGAAGCUUUAAGGCAUCCAGUGGGGAAUCCAACCCAUCAGGUGAAUGGGAUCCUGGGAGGAUCUGUCUCAUUUCCUGCCAACGUAUCCCAAGGAAUAAUAGUGAAGAAAAUUGAAUGGGACUUCCGCCCGAAAACUGGUGGUCUGGGCCUUUGGCUUAGUGAAGACAGACAUGGGAAACUAGAUCACCCAAAUCCCACUGAGAGGUUUGGAGAACGGCUAGACAUGGCAAACCAGAAAAUGCUGAGGAUUAAAGACCUGGAGUUGAAUGACAGUGGGAUAUACACAGCUCGUGUUUGGUUUACAAAAGUGCAGUUUCAGGUACAGAGUUUCAGCCUCACUGUUUAUGAGCCAGUGCCAACGCCACAGAUAGACCACCAAGUGGAUUCCAAGACUCCAGGUGGAUGUAAUGUGACCUUGCGAUGCCACACACCUGGAAGGGAAGAUCUCAGUAUCUCCUGGGAAACAGGGGAUCUGCACAGGGCCUUAGGAAAGAGUGUGAAUCAGUACCAGGUUUCUGACAAUGGCUGGGAGCUCCAUGUCUCCUUCUGGAACAGUUCUUUGGACUCCAAAUUCACCUGCCUGGUCAGAAAUCCUGUUGAUCAAAAGAGAGCCUCUUUUGACUUGCUCAACAUUUGCCAGAGUGAUGAAGGUGGAGAGCUUGGACGUUCAAGUUGGAUUCUAUGGCUUAUCCCUUCCCUCAUAGUUCUGGUGUUCUUUCUGUGAACUCAGAGAGGAGCCACACAGAAGAUGGGAUGAUGAGAAACAACAGCAACAGCAAGAACAAGUGGAUUUCAAACAAGCCAGUUUCCUGAUAAUGAACGGCAAUCAGUUUGGCACAACCCGUCCCUACGAACCAUCUCUGCUCACCUACAGGAAGCUUCUCUUAAAAUUAUCUUUUGCCAACUCUGGACUCCAUCACCUACAACCAAGAUAAACUCUAGCAUCUCUCCCUUAUGCUGGAAAGGCUCAUAUUUCCAUGUGUGGUGGAGCUCCAUAUUGUAAUACUCCUAUUUCCAAAAUUAUGCAACAAUCCCUUCCACCCACACCAGCUCUUGCCUUGUUAACAUUAGACUCAAAUUUAAACAAUAACUUUAAAUGCAGAGACUUUGUAUUUUUACAAUGGCCAAUACUGGAAACAACCUAUAGAUAUCCCCACUGAAAUUUGGGUAUAUAUCUGAACGCCUUACUCACUAUAGGAAGGUAAUUAAAGGCACUUCAAAAUAGACACUUUUGGCGAGACUUUGCUUCCAUUCUUUUUCCUUUAUAAAAUGAGACAGAGUAUACUUUUAUUCCACGCACAGCAUAAGAAUCUCUGUGGAGAGGCUACUUGAAUUGAUAAUGCAUAAAUAAAUGUAUUGCUUGUGUACUGUGUGCUGCAUAUGAAACUUAAUAAGAAUGUACUACUGGGCAAAUUACUGUAUUUGUAUGUUGCUCUUGUAUUUACAUUAAAACAAUAAAAAUUAUUUGGAUUAAAAACAACAA